GGGGAGGGGGAGGGGCGCGGGCCCGUGCCCGGCUCAGCUGGCUGCCAUUUCAUCAGCCCCAGCAGCAGCAGCAGCAGCAGCAUUAGCCUCAGCUGCAGCCCCUCGCACGGGCAAAGCCGCUCUCUUCUCCCUCUGUGCCCACCUCUUCCUCCUCCUCCUCCUCUGUGCCCACCUCUUCCUCCUCCUGCUGCUCCUCCUCCUGGGCUGCUCGCUGCCUCCAUCUCCAUCUUCCCAGGCCGGCUUUGCGGGAGGCUUGUCCUGCGGGGCCUGCGGCGGGGGCCGGGCACCUGCGCUGCCCAUCCGUCCGUCCGUCCGUCCGUCCGUCCGGGGCGGCCCGCAGCCCCCGCCGCAGCCUCCGCCGCAGCCCGAGCCCCGCCAUGGCCCGCACCGGGGGGACGCCCACGCCCUGACCGGGCCCACACCCUGACCCCUGACCCCCUGACCUCCAGGACCUGCCCCCUGCGAGGCAGGUCGGCGACGGGAGGGUGGGCAGCGCCCUCUGCAGGGCAGGUAGAUCACAGGGGGCAGGUGGGGGGGGUGAGUAGCGCCCCCUGCCGGGCAGGUAGACCACAGGGGGCGGGUCGAAGAGAAGGGGGCAGGUUGGAGGGUCGGUAGCGCCCCCUGCAGGGCAGGUCAAAGAGAAGGGGGCAGGUCGGAGGGUGGGUAGCGCCCCCCUCCGGGCAGGUGGACCACAGGGGGCAAGUAGCGCCCCCCUGCGGGGCAGGUAGACGACGGGGGGCAGGUAGCCGACGAGAGUCAGGUAGUGCCCCUCGCAGGGCAGGUCAAGGAGGAGGGGGCAGGUGUGGGGGUGGGCAGCGCCCCUUGCCCGGCAGGUGGACGACAGGGGGCGAGUAGCGCCCACCGCGGGGCAGGUCGAGGAGAAGGGGGCAGGUCAGGGGGCGGGCGGGGGCGGCGACCGGCCCUCCGCCGGGGUCCCGGCCCGGAGCAUGGGCCGGCGGGAGCCCCUCGGGCCUUAGCCGGGCGCGUCCCCCCGCUCCCCGUGGCCGCCCGGCUCCCCGGGCCCCCGAGGCGGGAGCAUGGAGGCCAUCUGGCUCUACCAGUUCCGGCUCAUCGUCAUCGGGGACUCGACCGUGGGCAAGUCGUGCCUCAUCCGCCGCUUCACCGAGGGCCGCUUCGCCCAGGUGUCGGACCCCACGGUGGGCGUCGACUUCUUCUCGCGCCUGGUGGAGAUCGAGCCCGGAAAGCGCAUCAAGCUGCAGAUCUGGGACACGGCCGGACAGGAGAGGUUCAGAUCGAUCACAAGAGCCUACUACAGAAACUCGGUGGGAGGCCUCCUCUUGUUUGACAUCACCAACCGCCGGUCCUUCCAGAACGUCCACGAGUGGCUGGAGGAAACCAAGGCCCAGGUGCAACCCUACCAGAUCGUGUUCGUCCUCGUGGGCCACAAGUGCGACCUCGACGCCCAACGGCAAGUGAGCCGGCACGAGGCGGAGAAGCUGGCGGCCGCCUACGGCAUGAGGUACAUCGAGACCUCGGCCCGGGACGCCAUCAACGUGGAGAAAGCCUUUACGGACCUGACCCGGGACAUAUACGAGCUGGUGAAGAGGGGGGAGGUCACCAUCCAGGAGGGGUGGGAAGGGGUCAAGAGUGGCUUCGUCCCCAACGUGGUGCACUCCUCCGAAGAGGUCGUCAAAUCCGACAGGAGGUGCCUCUGCUAGGCGGGCCCGGGGGGACCGGUCCCCCUUGUCGGAGAAGAACCCCCACCCCCGCCCCCCGCCCCAAGGUGGGUGCGACGGGCCGCGGGGGAUGGGGGCACGGGGGUGGCGCUUUCCAAGGAACUGUACGUAAAGGUCCUAAGUGUAUAGCGGAAGCCUGAUCCGGGCGAUGAUUUCUCCCUGGGCUCUAGGUAUUGGCCCACAUGCGGGAAUCUCCCCGUUAGACUGAGAGGAGUCUGUGGUGCAGAAAAGCUAAGCCAAAAGGAGGAACAAUGAAAUGGCGGGUAGAUAUUUUCUGGAAAGGAUGAGCCCAGGGAGACGGUCUGUCCCCCGGAAGGGUGAAGACGCCUUUCUCACUGAGCGAGGUUGGAAAGAGGCUAGGGGUUUCUACUACGCACCGAGGGCAGCGGUCAGAUCACUACUCUGGGGUUCUGGGUAACAGCCCCGUGGCUCGUGGGUGAGGGGAUGGGGCGGGAGAUUAACGGGGACUGAUACUAACUAAUGAUUUUUGACCUUUCACCCAGUCUUGAGGCCCUCCUUCCACAGCAGCUUGUGUGUUCAGUGACUGUUCACUGUCUGAACUUCUCCGGGAAGGUAGGAGAUGCAGGGGGCAGGUGCUGCCCCUGCUUUCUGUUCUUUCUUUUCCCUCACGCCUUUUCUUGCCCGCCUUCGCUGGGAGAACCACUCCAAGGGAAAGCUGCUCCCGCUUCCUGUGCUCGAACGCUGGAGGUUGUUUUCCUUAUCAAUAAGGGGAGCGUAUGAAUCCACAUCCACCCUUACGGUUUGCUCUUUGUGCUGCACUUGAGUUUCACAGAGCUAGAGCAGGCUGCAGUUAAUAGAAUCGCUGACCCACGGAGUAAAGUGUGAGAAGCUCUUGUCUGAAGGUGAUAGAGGGAGGGGCACUGAUGGGAGGCUGCAGUUGUAAAAAUUAAUUAAUUUUAAAAAACCAUGCAUGUUGGACCAGAAUGAAAUGAAGCUGUACACAUUUUUUUUCCUUGCUUUGUGUUCUAACAGACCUAACAAACGCUGUAUGUACUUAUGUGAUUGCAAACAAACAUGCUUGUAGGUAGCACUGACUUAUCAAUGUGAGAGAUUUUACAGAAAUGUACUAUGUGGUUUGGUCAGGCAUUGUAUUAGUGACCAUGCUUGCUAAUAAACAUGCCGGUUUGGUAAGAGCGA